GAGAAGUGUCGUAGCUUCAUUGAUCUGGCUCCGGCCUCAGAGAGAGGAGUCCUGUGGCUGUCGGUGGUAUCAGAGGUACUAUACAUCAUGUUGUUGGUGGUUGGGUUCAGUCUCAUGUGUCUGGAGCUGUUCCAUUCCAACAACGUCAUCGACGGACUUAAACUCAACGCCUUCGCUGCUGUUUUCACCGUGCUCUCAGGUCUGCUAGGCAUGGUGGCCCAUAUGAUGUACACCCAGGUUUUCCAGAUCACAGUUAGUCUGGGUCCUGAAGACUGGAGACCCCACACCUGGGACUAUGGAUGGUCCUUCUGCCUGGCAUGGGGCUCCUUCACCUGCUGCAUGGCAGCUUCCGUCACCACCCUCAACUCCUACACCAAGACGGUCAUCGAGUUCCGGCACAAGCGCAAAGUGUUGGAGCAGGGUCUCAGGGAGGAGCAGAACUACUUCGACCAGGAGGCCUUCCAUUACUUCAGGGACCACUCCCUCCAGUCCAUAUCCAGCUCCAUGGAGGUCUACCCUGGGCACGGGGGAGGAAGGCUGCCUGGGGGGCCUGGAGGCCUGGUGGGGUCCGGUCUGGUUGGAGUACCAGGGAGAGGGAAGAUGAGGAGGUCCUCAGGUUCCAUCGACCUGGGAGAGAACUCGGAGUCCUUGGGGGAGGAACAGUGCUGAGAGAGAGAGAGGGGGGAGAAGGUUGGGGAGUGG